AUGUUGAGAACCAUUUCACAAACCAGAUUAUUUUCCACCAGCAGAAGACUCUUGAGCCUUAAGGCUGCACUCUCUGAAGUGAUACCUGAAAAAAGGGAGGAGUUUCUGCGUAUCAAGAAAGACUAUUCAAAUGUGAAAGUUGGCGACAUUACUGUUGGAAGCAUUAUAAAUGGUAUGAGAGGAAAUCAAUCUAUGUAUUGGGAAAGUACGACUUUGGAUCCUGCCGAAGGUAUUAGGUUUCACGGCAAAACAAUAGCCGAAUGUCAGGAAUGUUUGCCUGGCGCGCCAGAAGAUAAUGGCAAAGGGGAAUUUUUGCCAGAAUCCAUGCUCUGGCUAUUGAUGACUGGGAAACCUCCUACUCCAGAGCAGGCUCAAGAGCUAACCAAGGAAUUGGCCGUGAGAGGUGAGAAUAUCCCACAUCACACUGAUAAGUUGCUAUCUUCUCUGCCUCACGAUAUGCACCCAAUGACUCAGUUAGCCAUUGCAUUGGCAUCUAUGAACCAAAAUUCUCUAUUUGCUCAAGAGUACCAGAAAGGAACAAUUGGAAAAUCAGACUAUUGGUAUUACGUCUACGAAGACGUCCUAAACCUUAUUGCUGCAUUACCAAAGCUCACUGGAAAAAUCUACAGCAACGUGACUAAUGGUGGAGAACCAUUGGGAUGCUACAAUGUGAACAAAGAUUGGUCCUACAACAUUGCUUCCUUACUUGGGAUGACAGUGUCUGAUUCGGUAAACACCCAUUCGCUAACCCCCGAACGGUCCAACGAUUUCGUGAAUUUAGUUCGUCUAUACUGCGGUAUCCAUGUAGAUCACGAAGGUGGAAACGUUUCUGCCCACACUACCCAUUUAGUUGGAAGUGCUUUGAGUGACCCAUAUCUCAGUUAUUCAUCUGGAAUUAUGGGAUUGGCAGGACCACUACACGGUUUAGCGGCACAAGAAGUUGUGAGAUUCCUUGCUGAAAUGGAGAAAAGUGUCGGUUCCGGUGAAAACGUUAAACAAGUGCAAGACUACCUAUGGAGCGUUUUGAACUCCCACAGAGUGAUUCCAGGCUACGGUCACGCUGUCUUAAGAAAGCCUGACCCCAGAUUCGAUGCUAUGCUAAAUUUCGCACAAUCAAGACCAAAAGAAUUCGAAAACGACUCUAAAGUACAAUUAAUGAAACGUCUCUCCGAAAUUGCCCCUGGUGUUCUAAAAGAGCAUGGGAAAACUAAGAACCCAUAUCCAAACGUCGAUAGCGCCUCAGGAAUACUCUUCCACCAUUACGGAAUUGACCAAAUGUUAUUCUUUACCGUAAUUUUCGGCUGUUCCAGAUCAAUGGGUCCAUUGACCCAGCUAGUCUGGGAUAGAAUCCUUGGCCUACCAAUCGAAAGACCAAAGAGUCUUGACUUGAACUCAAUCAAAAAGAUUUGCAAUAUCAGUUCUUGA